GCAAAAUCUAGGACCACGUCACAACAGUGAAUUGUUCGUUGGUUGGGUGGUUGGUUAGGGUGUGACUUGUAAUUUGUAAUUUCUUUGAUUAAAAAGAAAGUAUUGUCGUAGUUCUACGUAGCUUUUUUCAAAAUAGGGAACAGGUCUUCGACAGAAAUGAGUUGGGGAGAGGCUAGAGACAAGCUGAGACUGUGGAGAGAAGAGAAUGAAAGACGCAGCCUGGAAGUCGUUGAUAUGUGGGAUAGCUAUCUACAGAGCAACAUACAUAAAUUAGGAGAUGAAAGACUUCUAGUUUGGGAGCAAGUUUGCAUUGCUGCACUAGACUGUAACCGCAUGGAUGUUGUCGAUAUCUGUUUGGUAUCCCUUGCAACUGAAUUCCCCUCCAGCAUGCGAGUGCGGAAGUUACAGGCCAUGAAAAUGGAGGCUUUGGAAAAGUAUGAUGAAGCCUUGGAAUUAUUGGAUCAGAUUAUUAAGAGAGAUGAAACAAAUGCUGCUCCUCGUAAGAGAAGAGUUGCUAUUUUAAAGGCUAAAGGAAGGAUUGCAGAAGCAAUCAAAGAACUAAAUGAAUAUUUGAAAAAAUUCAUGAGUGACCAAGAAGCAUGGCAGGAAUUGUGUGAGCUCUAUCUUCUUGAACAGGAUUAUGCAAAGGCUGCAUUCUGUAUGGAAGAGCUAAUUCUUCAUAACCCUCACAAUCAUCUUGUCCACCAACGGUAUGCAGAUAUCAAAUAUACCCAGGGAGGCUUGGAAAACAUGGAGGUAGCUCGAGCACAUUAUUGUUUAGCCCUAAAACUGAAUCAAAACAACAUGCGAGCUCUGUAUGGUCUCCUUCUGGCUGCUACUAAUGUAUCUUCAAUGACAAAAAGUUUGUCUGCUCCCAAAAAAAAGGAAUGCAAUAAAUUGAUAGCCUGGGCAUCCAAGCAAAUUCGUAAUAGGUAUGAAGAAGUUUCUGGACGUUCUCCUGAAUGUGAGCUUGAAGCUCUCAAUGGUAUGUUGGGUGCUUUACAAAUCGCAGGUCCUCAAUCUUCAUCCCCAUAGUCUGCCAAAUCUGUCUUGCAACAAGCAUACCAAAGGGAAAGUGUAAUUUGGCCCAUGACCAAAAAUCAAUUCACUCAAAACAUUUGUAAAUCAAAAAUGUAAUUUUUCUUCAAUCAGUGUCCAUCUCUUUUUCUCAGAAAAGAAAAAUGUAAAGGUGGAAAAAAUUAUAAGAUAUUUAUGAUUUGGAACUAUUAAUUAUUAGAACUAGAAAAUCAAUUUCAACUGUGUACAUGUUGUGAUUUCUUGAGACAGCAGUAUAACAUUUAAAGAUUACUAAAAGUUUGUAAAAAGGUUUCAAUAAAUGUAUUUAUACUCCCGUUUA